AUGUCGUCCGCCCCAACCGGCGGCGCACCGCCGCAUGACGCGCCAGCUCCUGACGCCGCGGCCAGCCACGCGCCGGCCACUGGCAGCGUGCCGGCGUCGAGCUCGAUCGCGGAGCGGUGGAAGAUGGAGGGCGCGCCGGCGCGGGCGCGGCUGCUGCUUCGGGCGGCCGCGUGGCUCUUCUCCUUCCUCGCCCUCGUCGUCAUGGCCACCGACGUGCACGGCCGCGGCGGCGCCAACGACUUCAGCACCUACCCCGAGUACAACUACUGCCUGGGCGUGUCGAUCAUCGCGCUGCUCUACGCCACGGCGCAGCUGCUGCGCGACCUCCACAGGCUCAGCUCCGGCCGGGACCUCGUCGCCGGGAGGAAGGUGGCGGCCAUUGUUGACUUCACCGGAGAUCAGGUGGUGGCGUACUUCCUGAUAUCAGGUUUGUCCGCGGCGGCGCCGGUGACGGACUACAUGCGGCAAGGCGCCGAUAACCUGUUCAACGACUCAGCGGCGGCCGCCAUUAGCAUGGCCUUCUUCGCCUUCCUAACCAUCGGCCUCUCUGCCCUCGUCUCCGGGUACAGCCUUUCCUUAGAAGCUGUUGUAUAG